AAACAAAAAAUUCUCAGCCAGAAAUUUGCUUAACCAUCGUCUUUUUCAAGAACAAGCUCGAAUGUUUGUCAUGUUUAUAUAUGUCAAAAAUGCUGACGCUCGAUACAGUUUUCGAACUAUAUAAUGGUUUGGUUGGCUUGGCUAUGAUUCAAUUCAACACUUUCAUUCAUUUCGUCGCUAUUCGUCUUGGCCAGCACACAAGCUGCAGCAUUUUGGAUGAUGAAGCCCGCUUUGGUUGCUUUAAUUUGUACGUUGGUCGUUGGUCAUACGCUUGGAUACUAUGUGCCAACCAAUGUAAAUGACUACUACACUGGAUCAUGUGGCUGUAGUUCGGCUAAACGAUCCGAUUAUGAGUACUCACCGCCCGCUGCCGAAGAAUCGGAAGAUGUCAAGUAUAAAUUCGAUUUUGAUGUUGAACAGCCCAAAGUAGCCGAAGAUUCCGAAACUGAAUUGAAGUCGUAUGGCUAUGCCAUUCAAACGCCUGCCAGUGAGCCAAAGCCCGACGAUACAAAGUACAAAUUCGACUAUGCACUUCAAAGGCCAGCUGAAGAAAGAUCUGAUGAACCAGAACAACGAACUAUGUUCACAAAAGUUGAUCGAUCCACAUACGACAAGACUGAAUGUGCAUGCAAUCAAGGAAAACCAUGCUCAUGUGGGUAUUCACCAGAACAAUGCGCAAUUCAUUGUAAUUCACAACGAAAUCCAAGUCCAUACACUUCCGGUUAUGUUCUUCCUGUUCGAUAUAACAACGGAGGUGAUUAUGUGGUUUACGAAUUGCCACAAGACGCAUCACAGCAGUUGAACCGAAAAGCACGUCAAGCAGGGCCACAAUUGCCAGCAAUACCAUCUUUGCCUCCCGCCUCCGAUGCCAUUCAAAGCCUAAUCAAUGGUGAUUCUUUCAAAGCCGUAGCCGACAGAAUUAGAGAGCGAGCGCGAAAACUAAGUGGCGGUGAUCAAGGCGAAGCUACAUUGGGUUCAGCUCUAGACGUUUCAGCAUUGCGCAACCGAUUCAGUUCAAUAGCCGAGCCAUUUGUUUCACAUGCUACCAAAAUAUACGAGAAUUUCACACAAAACUUUGGCCUUCCCGCAGUUUCAACGCGCCGACGAAGACGUGAAGCUCCCGAAACGAGCGAAGAGCAACGCCGUAAAAUGAUGGACCCCAAACGAUUUCCAAUACUGCGUGUGGAAUACGAGGCGAAUAGUGAUAAAAAUGAAGACAUUUCCAAGCAUCAUACAACCACAUCGCGUGUCGAAUUGAAAGCAAGUGAUCAACAAGAGUCAUGGAACGGAAAAAAAGUGGAAAAGGCUACGCUUUGCCAUGAGUGUGGAUCACAAUUGUCGGAUCACAAUUCAGUAUGCGCGCGAUGUGGAUCUCGCCCACCACAAUACGUAGAAUAUUCAACCGGGCGUCCAGUGGCGUAUUAUCCAGGAGCCAAUAGGGAGCCAAACACUGAUUCACGACCAGCACCGCGUUAUAUCUAUGAUCGUUAUGGUCACAAAUAUUUAGAAAAUAAUGGCAAUUUACGUUUGAUUGUGCCACAACAGCAUCAAGAAGCUAUGGUAGGAGAGCAGCCCAAUUUUGCUGGUUUGGCUGAUAUUUUGAGAAAUCAUCAUGAAAUCAUUCAACAGUUGAAUCCAGUACCCGGUCGACUUAUGCCAGAACCGAUCGACAUCGCCAGUGAUGCGAUAAGUUUGGUGCAAGAUUUGGCGCGCCGUGAGAUAAAACAUACGGACGAAAAUAAGGAGAAGCGUAGCACCCCUGAAUACAAGCAAACAUCAGCAGCAGCAGAAGAGUCAAAACGUCAUUUCCCACGCAGCAUGUAUCAAGUAGUUCCACAUAUGCGCUACGAAGGAAAAGAUGGAAAGCUCGUUGUAAAAGUGUACUCGUCAAAAAACGACAAAACCAAUCCUGAAACCAAUCCUCGCAAAUAUAGUCCUGGCCAAAGUAAAUCUGCUACCACCGAUGCUGCAACUGCCACUGCCGCAGAACAACGAUUCGACAACAUGACCGAAAAAUCGAAGGCGACCGUCCAUAAGUUCAACAAAGACAACAAGCAAUUCGAAAUUUUGAGCUUCGAAGAUUACAAAAAUAGUUCGAACGAAGACAUUCGUCAAGUGUUAGAGCAUUUGCACGGCAAAAAAGCGUGGUGAUUAAAUGAUAAAUCACUCAAAACGUUUUUUGUCUAUUGAUUAAUUGAUAUGUAUGUAUAUUUAGAAAUGGUUGUAUUUAUUAUUUUUUAUCUGUGUACUACUACUUACUAGAUGUGUGGCGAAGUAUUUUUUUUCUAUUUUCAAUAAAGUUGUCAUUGUGAAUGAGCGAAUGAACGAA